AUGAGUGUGAAUCCAGCUUGUCCAUAAAACCUGCCUUGCUCCGAAGCAUCCGACUGUAAAGACUGGUCACCUCCACCUGCGGUUUGUGGGUCUGAAGAAAACCAUCCAUCCUUGCAAAUGUCUUCUGCUGAGAUGCCUCACACAGAGACUGUCUCUCCUCUUCCUUCCUCCACGGAUCUGCUUAUUCAGGACAGCCCCGAUUCUUCCACCAGUCCCAAAGGCAAACAACCUACUGCUGCAGAGAAUAGUGCCACAAAAAAGGAGGUCAAGAAACAGACCAGAACUUUGUUCUCUUCCGCCCAGCUGUGUGUACUCAAUGAUAGAUUUCAGAGACAGAAAUACCUCAGCCUCCAGCAGAUGCAAGAACUUUCCAACAUCCUGAACCUUAGCUACAAACAGGUGAAGACCUGGUUCCAGAACCAGAGAAUGAAAUCUAAGAGGUGGCAGAAAAACAACUGGCCAAAGAAUAGCAAUGGUGUGACUCAGAAGGCCUCAGCACCUACCUCCCCCAGCCUCUACUCUUCCUGCCACCAGGGACGCCUGGUGAACCCGACUGGGAACCUUCCGCCGUGGAGCAACCAGACCUGGAACAAUUCAUCCUGGAGCAACCAGACCCAGAACAUCCAGUCCUGGAGCAACCACUCCUGGAACGCUCAGACCUGGUGCACCCAGUCCUGGAACAAUCAGGCCUGGAACAGUCCCUUCUCUAACUGUGGAGAGGAAUCUCUGCAGUCCUGCUUGCAGUUCCAGCCAAAUUCUCCUGCCAGUGACUUGGAGGCUGCCUUGGAAGCUGCUGGGGAAGGCCUUAAUGUAAUACAGCAGACGACUAGGUAUUUGAGUACUCCACAAACCAUGGAUUUAUUCCAGAACAUGCAACCUGAAGUUGUGUGA